AUGCAAAUUACGAUAGAAGAUAAUGGACCCAAGGCAAGGCAUAUCCUAACGCAAGGCGGCUAUAAAACUAAGCAAAUUCGUGGCACAUAUAUGCUAUCAAAUCUUUUACAAGAGUUAUGUUUAGCGAGAGAUCACGGAAAAACUCAUAUAUUUCUUGAUGAAGUUCGACUUAAUGAAAAUCCUGUGAACAGACUUACAAGGCUCAUCAAAGAAGAAUUCUGGCUAAAUCUUACACGCGUAAUAGAUGGUUCCGCAAUAGAAGUCGCUGGUAGAGACCCAAAAGAUUGGACAGAUGAUCCUCGACCACGUAUAUAUGUGCCAGCAGGAGCUCCAGAGCAGUACGAAUAUUACCUUAAGGUAUCAAAAAAUCGGCCAGAGAUUCGACUCGACGUCUGCUUGCUCCCAACUAAUAUAACACCCGAUUAUGUUACUAGCUUGAAUGACAAGCCGGGUCUCCUUGCCGUUGCAAUGGAAUCUAUAGCUGACCCCCUGACUGGAAAGUUAGUUCUGAAAGGCGUUCCAUUCGUUGUACCUGGUGGCCGUUUCAACGAGUUUUACGGGUGGGAUUCCUACAUGGAAUCACUAGGCCUAAUGGUAUGCGAGCAAAUUCAUUUAGCUAAAGCAAUGGUUAAAAAUUUUGUUUUCUGCAUCAAGCAUUACGGUAAGAUUUUGAAUGCUACCCGCUCAUACUAUCUUAAUCGAUCACAACCACCUCUAUUAACUGAUAUGGCUCUCCGGGUCUAUGAAAAGACACGCCAUGAGGAUGAUGCCCUUCACUGCCUCAGGCAAGCUAUUUUAGCCGCCAUCAAAGAAUAUUACACUGUCUGGACCGCAGAGCCAAGACUUGACAAAAAGACCGGUCUCUCAAGAUACAGGCCCGAAGGAUUUGGAGUCCCACCCGAGACAGAAGCUUCUCACUUCACACAUAUUUUAGAACCGUAUGCCAAAAAAAAUGGUAUGUCCGUAAAAGACUUCGUUCGAUCAUACAAUCAAAGGGAGUUAAUUGAGCCAGAACUUGAUGAAUACUUUUUGCAUGACCGUGCAGUCCGCGAGUCUGGACACGAUACGUCGUAUAGACUUGAGAAGGUUUGUGCAAAUCUAGCCACAAUUGAUUUGAACUCACUUCUCUUCAAAUAUGAGAAAGAUAUUUCAGUUUGCAUCCGAACUUACUUUGGCGAUAAGUUGGAAGUUUUACCAGAGUUCCUCGCACCUGGUAUGAAAUCAGGUCAUAUAGAAACCUCCUCUAACUGGGAACGCCGAGCAAAGCUCCGGAAAUUUUCAAUGGAUCGGUACUUAUGGAAUGAAGAAAAAGGGAUGUUUUUUGAUUAUGACACAGUUAAGGAAGAACAGUCUAGCUAUGAGACAUGUACAACUUUCUGGUCUCUCUGGGCAGGUGCAGCAUCUCCUCGACAAGCAGCAAAAAUUGUCUCAACCGCUCUUCCGCUAUUCGAAGCAGCAGGAGGCUUGGUUUCUGGAACAGAAAAAUCCCGGGGUCCAAUUAGUAUUGAUCGUCCUAACAGACAGUGGGACUAUCCAUAUGGGUGGGCUCCACAGCAAAUGUUAGCUUGGAUUGGUCUGCAGCGUUAUGGUUACACUGCUGAGGCUGAGCGACUCGCAUACAAGUGGCUUUUUAUGAUGACCAAAGCAUUUGUUGACUUUAAUGGGGUGGUCGUAGAAAAAUAUGAUGUGACACGUACCUUCGAUCCGCAUCGCGUGGAUGCGGAAUACGGUAAUCAAGGAUUAGAUUUUGAGGGUGUCGCAAAAGAAGGCUUCGGUUGGGUCAACGCGUCUUUUGUCUAUGGCCUUACAAUCGUCAGCUCUCACAUGCAGAGAGCUCUUGGCACACUUACUCCUUGGUCACAGUAUGCUCGUGCCACAAACACGGUGUCUGAAAAUUAA